AUGACCAAGUUGACGCCUCUCAUUGCCUGCACCAUGCUGCACGUGCUUGCCUGGGGUGACACACAGAAUGCAACGCAAGUGCCCGAUCCCAACGUUACAGUAAAUCUCGGAGUGCUUAUACCGUGGACUGGCUCGUGGCCAGCGGGACGCCGUUCAGCUUCGGCGGUCAUCAUCGCCGUGGAGGACCUUAACGCAGAUUUGAUCAUCUUACCCGGUCGAACAGUUCGCUUCUCAUGGAUGGACACCAACUGCAACGCGCAUAAAGGUUUGGAGGCUGCCGUAAGCCUAUUCGACCAUUUUACUGAGAUAUCCCCACACACGCAUUACGAAGAUGACGGAGACCAUUCCCAAAAGCUGCAUGCGUACAUUGGGGGUGCAUGCGACGAAGUCUGCGAGCCCGUUGGCCUAUGGGCGGGGGUCAUGAACAUUCCGAUGGUUUCUUAUGGAUGUUCUGCCAGUAAACUCUCUAACAAGGUCCAGUUUCCCACUUUUGUCAGAACGGUCGGGCCGUACGCCAAAAUUGCCCGCAUGUUUUGGCACAUCUGUGCUUAUUUCAAGUGGAACCACGUUGGCAUAUUGGCGUCCACGGAAAGCGUCUGGCAGGUGAUUGGCAAUGCGGUGAAGUCGACUCUAGAAAGCAAGAGUGCUACAAUUGGUGACUUUCAUAGCGUAGCACCUGGAUCGUCGACGACGAGCAAGGACUCGACAAACAGAGGAAUAAUGCAAACUAUGGGUAGAGACUCAAGAAUACGUUUCUUUUUCAUCCACCAGGUAUAA